AACAGCAAAGAAAACCAGAGGCGAGGAUCACACCUGCACAGUCGGAGUCAAGAUAAGGACCUGACGAACUGCGCCCACCACAGAGGGGACCCUCCACGCCGUCACCAAGCAGCACAAUGGUGGAUGAACCCAAAAUUGAGCUCUUCGUCAAGUCCAGUGAAGAUGGUGAAAGUAUUGGAUCAAAUCCAUUCUCGCAACGACUGGCCAUGAUCUUGAUGUCUAAAGGAUGCACAUUUACACUGAACACUGUGGACAUGAAGAGGGCCCCUGAUGUCUUGAAGACCUUGGCUCCGGGGACACAACCUCCAUUUCUUAUUCACAAUAAUGAAGUGAAAACAGACGUGAACAAGAUUGAAGAGUUUCUGGAGGAGACAUUGACUCCUCCGCGUUAUCCCAGUAUGACUACCAAAUACAAGGAAUCCAACACGGCUGGGAACGACGUCUUCCAAAAGUUCUCUGCAUACAUCAAGAACCAAUCUGCAGCCCAGGAGGACAACCUACAGAAGAAUUUGCUGCGGUCGCUACUGAAGUUAGACUUUUAUAUGAAGAACCCCCUACCCCACGAGCUUGCCGCUGACCCCAAAAUGGCCGUCUCAAAAAGGAAGUUCCUGGAUGGAGACAACCUGACGCUGCCCGACUGCAACCUCCUGCCCAAACUCCACAUCAUCAAUGUUGUAUGCAGACACUACCGCAAAUUUGAGAUCCCCAAAGACCUGCAGGGCGUCUCCCGCUACCUCCAGCAUGCUGAGGAUCUGAAGGCUUUCAAGUACACCUGCCCCAACCCCAGCGAGAUCAUCCUCUUCUACCGGGAUGUGGUCCGGAAAAUGCCCUAGGCCCUGCAGUAUGACGCCAUGUGAGCCUUCCUUCUGUGCGGAAUCUGCACAAAAUACACCACCAUUGAGACUUGAGUGAAAACAGUGUGACAGCUCACAGGACACACCCGUCAGAUGAACUGUUAGCCUGGGGUAUGUGCACUCCGGGGGUACCCGCCCUGCUUUUACAAGAACCCAUCUAUUCUACCGUUCUAGUGAAACAAGUGUAUUCUAAUUUUAGAACUCUGUAUUGCUUUGCCCCUCUAUUAUUCCUCCUGGAAAUAUAUGAAUGAAUUGAGUAUUAUUGCGACUAUCCACAUGGCAAGCCCAUACACUGUCUGAUGCUGCCAUUACAAGGACACACCCAAUUGACAAGGGGAAUGGUAACGCCCUGGUUAUCGAUUUAUUCAUAAAUAUCCAGGAGGAGUGACAGAAGAACAAUGCAUAAUAAAAAAUAAAAAAAAACGUAAAAAAAAGUCAUUUAUUUUAUUGAAAAAUAUUAAUUCAUUAAAUACAGUUCCAUUAAACAAAAUAUGAAAACAUUAAUAUUUUUCACGCUUGACGACGGCCAUUUUGUGGUCAUCAGACCUACUUCUCAGAAUGGCUGCCAGCAGGCACAUUAAAAGGUCAUUCAUUAUCUGAGCCUUUCCGUCCACACCUUAAGCGCUGUGACAGCAGCCGUUUUGUUCCUUUACGUUGAAAAGAAGUCACCGGGCACUGAAAUACGGACCAGCAAAUUUACUGCAUUACAAGAUGGCCGCUGUCGCUAAACCACACCGAUUCCGAUUCACCCUGGACAUUUAAAGCCAUUUAAUAGGGG